GUCCAUGAUGAUAUGUUGUUUAUGGUAUGCUACUUUUGGUAUGCUACUUCUGGUAUGCUACUUCUGGUAUGCUGUUUGGAUUUCAUGAGCCACUAGAUGGCGCAGUUCACGACUUUUCUUGAUUAAUGAUUUGCUUGGUAAACUUGUCUUAGCAUCCUGUACUGGAGGUUGUUUCAACUUUGCGAAGGUUAAGCAGAUACCUCAUCAGGUUGAAACAGUUCAUCUGGCCCUCUGGAACAAAGGAAGAAAACAACUAUAUUUCUUUCCGAAAAUUUCAUUUUCAGGUCAAGUGAUUGAUUGAUUGAUUGAUUGAUUGAUUGAUUGAUUGAUUCAUUGUACACAAGAAAGUGGAAAUUCUUUACAAAUUGAUGGGUAUCAUUAUUUUAACGAAUGUUCAGUUAUGUGUGCGUUAUUUGGCUGAAACUACAGCAUCAAAGGAACAAAUACAGGGUGUAUGGGUUUACAAUACAGUCUGAAAUUUAAGAUGAAUUAAUAUAUGAAAAUAGACACUACACAAAUAUGCUGGAUGGAAAGUUGCUAGAUGAACUACAUGUAAUACAUGAGAAUGUUUAACUUAGUGCUUCGAUAUCCAUGCUGCAUUUGAACUGGCCUGUAUGUUCGCACUGCACAUGCAUUUUGUGCGAUUUUGUGGUUCGUAGCCAGUACGUUCGUAAUGCAUAUACGUACCAUGAAUGUAGGAGGGAAACUCUUGUCGAGCAGAGAGAAGGGAGGGACAAGUGUCAGUUACAGUUGAAACAAUAGAGUGAUGUCAUAGCUGUGGUUUAAUCAUUUCAGACCUGUUGACGCGCAUCGACCCAAUCACUUUGCAGAGUUGAAGGUGAAGGUCGUAUGUGACGCAAUCACUUUGCAGAGUUGAAGGUGAAGGUCGUAUGUUGUUCUGCCGGCUGUAGUCCUGGUGGUUGUAUAGUGACUGUUUUGGUCAGUGCUAUGAAUAAUACUUUCUGUGAGGAAAGUGAACGUUAUGUGGUACUGGUCGUGAAAUAUUGCAUGUGCUUUGACCAGCUGUCUCGCUGAAGCAUUUGGUAAAUGUAAGCAUGCAACAUGUGUAACGGUGUUGUAAUUGUAAUCUCAAUAUUACAUCUGUGAGCUCAUGUAAUGUUGAUGUCCGUACAAGACUGUUCACUGACAGUUUCCACCCUUGUCGAUCCAAGUUGGAAUUCCUGGGCUCGAUCGUAGCACCACCAGUGGAUGUUAUGAGUUAUGUCCCUUCUAAGCCUCUCCUAUUGACCAAUCAGAUUCCACCUCUCGUAUUACUUGCAUUUGCUUCAAACAAGAUGGCAGCACCCAGGCAAGAUCACGUGAGCACCUUGAUAAAAAACAUGAAAAGAUUUGGAAAAUAUCUGCAAUUGACCGAAAUCUGUAUUACAGUUUACGAACGUUAAGUUUCGAUUUCGUCGUGCAAUUUUGAUUGGACUAUGCAUAGACUCAUUUGUCCAGCCACAAUGUAACUCCAUAAUACAAGCCUAGUUCGGCAAGGGUGGAAACUGGACUUUGAUAGUCAGUUAAUUCCCCUGCAUCAGGAAGAUGGUACCUAAGCUAAGCCAUGCAAUCCUUUAGAAGUUUUCGUAAAGACAGAUCUGAUUUAUUUCGUAUUUGAAAGAUAUUGAGAGGCAGGAAAGUGCAUUUUCUUUUAUCAAGGUUGAUUUUUGGAUUAAUUUACAUUUGAAAAUUUAAAACCUUAAUUGAAUAUAUUUCAAUCAGGAUUAUUAAUUUGUGUAAUUUUGGAAAACUGAUGGGAGCAAGAACUCAAGAAUAUUUAUAAGUGUGGCCUGAACUAGAGAUGCCUAUUUCUGCAUGGUUUUACUUACAAACCUAGGGGUCCAGGCGACGCCCUCUGGAUGAAGUCCAAGGGUCCAGGCGACGCCCUCUGGAUGAAGUCCAAGGGUCCAGGCGACGCCCUCUGGAUGAAGUCCAAGGGUCCAGGCGACCCCCUCUGGAUGAAGUCCAAGGGUCCAGGCGACGCCCUCUGGAUGAAGUCCAAGGGUCCACGCGACCCCCUCUGGAUGAAGUCCAAGGGUCCAGGCGACGCCCUCUGGAUGAAGUCCAAGGGUCCAGGCGACCCCCUCUGGAUGAAGUCCAAGGGUCCAGGCGACGCCCUCUGGAUGAAGUCCAAGGGUCCAGGCGACCCCCUCUGGAUGAAGUCCAAGGGUCCACGCGACCCCCUCUGGAUGAAGUCCAAGGGUCCAGGCGACCCCCUCUGGAUGAAGUCCAAGGGUCCAGGCGACCCCCUCUGGAUGAAGUCCAAGGGUCCAGGCGACCCCUUCUGGAUGAAGUCCAAGGGUCAAGGUGACCCGCUCUGGAUGAAGUCCAAGGGUCAAGGUGACCCCCUCUGGAUGAAGUCCAAGGGUCCUGUAAAGUAAAGAAAUGGUACAGUGUACUACUGGUAGAAUAUCGAACACUUUUGAGAAUAUUGAGAAUUAGAUUUGAUAAUUACUUUAAUUACAAGACAUUUAUAUUUGGUGUCAAGAAUUUGGCACACUGUACAUUAGAGUGUGUCCCUCCGGAUGCAAUAUAUUUUUUUCUGCAUGUAUUUUAGACAUGAGUGUGUUCUGGCCGCACAUUUCGGCGUAACCCUGUAACUGUAUUCCUGUAAAUAUAAUGUUUAGUUCCGAUACUUGUGUAGUAUUUACCUAAGUGUUGCGCAUUGUGUAGCUAUUGUGCUUCUAUUCGCUGUCAAUAACCUUGACUUGGGGGAGCAAGGGGGGCACAGUUGUCUAAGGCACCGCAAUACGCUCUGUGCAGAGUUGCCUACCUUUGGCACGCCAGGAGCCUGAGUGACUGCAUGACUUUGUGAGAACCCUACAGUAGCUGCCCACCCGCUAGCCAAAUCAAAGUGACAUUAUUUUGGCCUUGAAACAUUUUCUGACUGUUCAAAAGUUAACACAAAAUUAAGUCAUUAAGUAGGGCUCGUAAAAUACGAUGAAGCUUGGAACAUUUUUUGUUGACAAGUCCUCCUGGCCAGUGAACUAAUUCACACUCUGCCGUAAAGUCAUGGCACGUCGCACAAGGAAUAUUUCCAAAGUAAUCUGAACACUGAUUGGUCUGAACUGUUGCUAGUUUCAGUCUCGCCUGCACCUCGCCUGAACCACGCCAUGGCUUUAUUUGUCAGUUCACUCUCGUCUGAACCACGCCAUGGCUUGAUUUGUCAGUUCACUCUCGUCUGAACCACGCCAUGGCUUGAUUUGUCAGUUCACUCUCGUCUGAACCACGCCAUGGCUUGAUUUGUCAGUUCACUCUCGUCUGAACCAAGAAGAAAUUACAGGCCUAUAAGGUGAAGGUCGGGAACUGACCUUCCUUCCAAGGUCAAGGUUGUAUGUAACAUCUCUGAUUGGUUGGUUUAGCUAACAGUUGUGACACUGCAUGUCGGCGCAAUGUAUUCACGGGUGAUAAGGGUACGUUGUGUAUACGUACCGUGAAGUAUUCACGUUGUAUUCACGGGUGAUAAGGGUACGUUGUGUAUACGUACCAUGAAGUAUUCACGUUGUAUUCACAGGUCAUGGAGAAGUGUAGGGUAUACAGACCCGUGAAGUAUUCACAAUUGACCUACUGUUGUUAGUAUUAAUUUCAACUUUACUUUUUUGUUUUUAUGUAAAUACAUAUGUUUGCUUUUGACUGCCAUUUAUAACUACUUGUUGUUGAUACAUAUACUACUCAAAAGAAGUUAAGGAACACCUUGUUUAUUAGUCUGACUGUCAGGCCUUGACAUUAACUGGGCGGUCAGGUAGCCUAGUGGUUAAAGCGUUUGCUCGUCACGCCAAAGACCUGGGUUCGAUUCCUGACAUGGGUACAUUUCUGGUGUCCCCCGCCGUGAUAUUGCUGGAAUAUUGCUUAAAGCAGCGUAAAACAAUACUCACUCACUCACUGACAGAUUUACUAUAGCUAUUUGAUCCAAAUCUAGGUUUCUUUAACUUCUCUGCGGAGUGUAUAUGAAAUGUAUCUGCCAGUGCUGUCAGUGUGGACACAGUCGUGUGUCUCUCGUACAAUAAUAGAUGGAAAGAAGAGAACACUGUCACGGGAAUUAUGUUUUUAGCAUGGACUUUUAUAAUGUUAGAACAUGGAUUUCAAUCCAAAUUCAAAAUUCAAAUGAAGCAUUUAUAUAGCGCUACUUAUCCAGACAUACUGCCUGCUCAAGAGCGCUUAGUCUUUUGAAGAGGAUGGUCUUGAGUUUGGAUCUAAAGGUGUUGAAUUAUAUAGACCAGCUCGGAACUGAUGUUUGGCCCCAAAUCUGCAUCAAGUGACAUUCAAAUUUCCCAAUUGGAACUUAAACAUUUCCCAAUUGGAACUUAAACAUUUCCCAAUUGGAACUUAAACAUUUCCCAAUAGGAACUUAAACAUUUCCAAAUUCAUGUUAAGAAAUGAAGUAAAGUUAAGAAAAAAAAUCAGAUUUUUUUCCAAGUAUUUUCUUGAUUUAUACCAUUUCUAUAGAAUACAGCCGCCACCAUAGCAACACAGCUAUAUGUUCUUGUUUUUUAGACCAUCAGCAUUUCUUUGUAACCAUAGUAAUGUUAUUGUUGUUAAUUCCUUAAGAGGCUCUGAUGAGGCUAUUCUGAGAUUGAGGCUUGGUGCGGCAUGGAGGAUUGAUGUGGAUGCGAACAAUGGCUGUUCUACUGAGAGCCAAUUGCAGAAAUCUCAGUAUUUCGUAGUAAAGCCCUGAUUCACCUCGGGAAGUUAACACAGAGGUAUUCGGUGUAAUGGUUAGUUUUGUCAGGCUAGCUGUUGCUCAUAGUAAGUCUAGCAACAAGUUGAGAUUUUAUAAUGACCGUGUUAUCUCUUCCGAUAUGGUCCAUGGCACUGUGGAAUAUAUCUCUUCCGAUACGGUCCAUGGCACUGUGGAAUAUAU